AUGCCGGAGAAAAAUCGCCGUUUGAUGGAUCUCAGGGCCACAUUCUUCACGGCCGUCGUGUUCCUCUCAUCUCCCGUUAUGAUCAAUGCCGCACGUUCUCCAGUCGAAAAGCUCAACGAGGAUCCCAUUAAGUGCACACCUUGUAUCCAAAACCCGCCACCACCUCCUCCUUCUUGUUCCUCGCCGCCUCCGCCGUCACCGCCACCUCCUUCUCCACCACCUCCUCCGAAAAUGUCCUACUGCCCACCGCCGCCAAAGCAGGAGGCCUACUCCCCUCCCCCGCCACCUCCGCCUACUUAUGAAAACGCGUCUCCACCGGGAGACUUGUACCCUGUUGACCAUGACUUCGGCGGGGCGGCUGCUGGAGAAGUCUUCACUAGCAUUAAGCUGGUUGCGCUAGGAGUUAUCGGUUUCAUGGUUCUUUGA